AUGGAACUCCACAUUCCCAACAAAGGAGGAGCAAAUAGUAUGGCGAGUGCUCUCACUAUUUGUACUCUACAUAACCUAGCCUCUCUCCGGCGUACAUUAGGUGACAAGGAGAAGCGUGUCUUAAGUAUUGGCUGGUCAAAGGCACCUGGCCUUCUUUUCGUCCUGGUGUGGUUUUGCUGCUAUGCAACUGCACGCUGGGGAUGUAUCAUUCUUAUGUUUAUCUCCCUCCGGGCGUUGCCCGCUGGUUCUUAUAUCACCAUGAGUUAG